CAAAAGUUUGUUUUCAUUCCAGGGAGCGUCGAAACGAAACUCAAGUCCCAUCGUUCAAAGAAAUAAUUCAAUAAAAAUCGAGCAAAAUACCGAAAAUUUAUUGUUUGGCAUUAAAAGUUCUAGUGUCCUUGCUUGAGCUUAGUCCUCAUAAUGUUGGACGUAAAGAAAUUCAGCGAAAUUGACCUGUAUGGUCUCCUGGGCAUCGAAAUUGGAGCAACCGAAGCGGAGGUUCGUAAAGCCUAUCGCAAAAAGGCACUACAAUGCCAUCCGGACAAGAAUCCCGACAAUCCGAAGGCGGCGGAGUUGUUCCAGGAGCUGUCCAAAGCGCUAGAGAUCUUAAUUGAUUCGUCGGCACGGUCCGCCUACGACAAGUUGUUGAAUGCGAAAAAAGCCGCCCAGUUGAGGACCCAGCAGUUGGACAGCAAAAGACAGAAACUGAAAGAAGAUUUGGAGGAGCGCGAAAGGAAAGCGAGAGAAACGGCGAAAGGCGUGUUUAAGGUGCAGAAAACUCCGGAGGAGUUGUUCCAGGAAGAAUUCGAAAGGCUGCGAAAGGAGGGAUCAAAAUUGCUUGAAGAGGAACAAGAAUUUAUGAGGCAACAGCUGAGGGAGGAAAAGACACUGCAAGACAAGUCGCAUUCAAGUUGGGAUCCUUCAAAACACAGAAUCAAGAUCAAAUGGAAAGCAGGAAAGGAAGAUCCAGAUAACGGUGGCUAUACGCAGGAAAUUCUGACCAAGUUUCUGUCGAAGUAUGGCGAUAUUAAUGUGCUGGUGAUGAGUCCGAAGAAGAAUGGAAGCGCGUUGGUUGAGUUCAAGACGCAGAAUGCAGCGGAGAUGGCAGUAAACUACGAGCAGGGGCGGUUGGACAAUCCUUGCAGCUUGGAGUGGAUUGGGGAUGCACCCAAGAAUAAGAACUCCCGGACAGGUGGAUCGAGUACGAUAACGGAGCGGGAUUUCGAAAGUUUGGUUCUGAGGCAGUUGCGGCAGGCGGAAGAACGGAAGCGGCUCAUAGAGCAAAUGAUGCGAGAGGAUGCCGAGGAAGAGACAGGGCAGUGAUAUCUUCGAGGAGUUCUCGUAGGUAAGCGUGAAUGUUUUAUGUUUGGGGUAAGCUAUUUUCGCGUGUUUCGUUGAUAAAUUUUACAUAAUAAUAAUUUAUCCAAAUGCCUCA